CCCAUCACACACACACUCUCUCUCUUUCUCUCGCUCUCUCUCUGGGAGGAGAGCAGAGCGGAGCUCCGUCAGUGCAGCAUCACUACCAUGCGGGCACUGCGUCCGUUACGACACGCGCAGCGAGAGGAUCAAUAACAACAACAACAGCAGCCGCGCGACCUCCUCCUUCUCAGCAGCAGCACGCGCUCGCUUGCUCCUGCCUGCGCCCGUGCUCGUGCUCGCCGCCCGUGCAGUGAUGUGAAGAUGGCGCGGCUGCUGCGCGCGCUGCUGCUGCUGUCGGUGUGGCUCGCACUCAGGCUCCGGCUGCUGGGCUACUGGGCGCUGGUGUACGGGUACUGCGCCCUGUGCGCGUGCACCGCGCUGCUGCGCCUGGGCUGGAACAUCCUGCUCAGACCCUCCACCACCUUCCGGUGGACCGUGCGCGAGACGCCGCCCGCGUGCCUCAGCGACACGUCCUUGGGAACGCACUGCUACGUCAGGAUCAAGGAAUCCGGACUCAGAUUUCAUUAUGUCGCUGCGGGCGAGAGGGGCAAGCCACUGAUGCUGUUUCUGCAUGGAUUCCCCGAGUUCUGGUUUUCGUGGAGGCACCAGCUGAGGGAGUUUAAGAGCGAGUUCCGCGUGGUGGCUGUGGAUAUGCGAGGCUACGGCGAGUCCGACCUGCCCCCCUCCACAGAGUGCUACCGGCUGGACUACCUCGUCACUGACGUCAAGGACAUUGUGGAGUAUCUGGGGUACAACAGGUGUUUCCUAGUGGGCCAUGACUGGGGAGGGAUCAUCGCAUGGCUCUUCGCUAUUUAUUACCCUGAGAUGGUGACGAAGCUGGUGGUGUUGAACAGCCCUCACCCGUGUGUGGUCGCCGAUUAUGCUCUUCGUCACCCCAGUCAGAUGCUGAAGUCCAGUUACUUCUUCUUCUUCCAGUUACCACGCUUCCCAGAGCUUAUGCUUUCCAUCAAUGACUUUAAGGCACUGAAGAGUCUGUUUACCAGUCGAAGCACAGGGAUUGGAAGAAAGGGCCGCUGGUUGACCACAGAGGAGCUGGAGGCGUACCUGUACGCCCUGUCCCAGCCUGGAGCCCUCACCGCCGCCCUCAACUACUUCAGAAACGUCUUCAGCUUCCUGCCGCUCAGUGUGAGCGAGGUGCGCUCGCCCGUGCUGCUGCUCUGGGGGGAGCAGGACACGUUCCUGGAGCAGGACAUGGCCGAGGCCUGCCGCCUCUACAUCCGCAACCACUUCCGCCUAAACAUCAUCUCCGGAGCCAGCCACUGGCUGCAGCAGGACCAGCCCGACAUCGUCAAUACGCUCAUAUGGACUUUCCUGAAGGAGGGGGAGGGGCGCAAAAACUACAGGACCUGACUGUGGACUGGGGGGAGGACUGUGAGGCGGAGGAUAAGGCUGUGAAUACAAUAACUACAACAAGAAACGUUCAAGGGGGAAUUUCAUCUAAAAGUUUUCUCAGUUAGUUGGAUAACUUAAGCCACAAAUGAAACCUGUCCUUGUAAGGUUGGGCUAAUAUAUGGUCUCACAAUAUGCAAAGAUUUCAUGAGUUUUCAUGAUACGGAAUGUGUGUUGUGAGUUUUGUGAAAAGUUGGAAUUGGCUAAACCAUCCAGCAUAACAUUACAGUACAAUAUUUACCACUGGUGCAAAGCACUAGUAGCACUUACCAUGCAAUAUGAUUAGCUAAGAGGCAGUCUUUCACUAGGAGGAACACUCUCCAAAAACAUGUUUUGUCACAAUAACUCAGCUAAUUAAUGCACAUAGGGGUGCCAAAUUUGGCACAACAUCUGUUUUUUUACAUUUUUUUAGGCACCAUAGCGUUUUUAGUGUCAGUGGGGAUGCACUUUUUGGCAGGGUGCCAAAUUGGGCACAACAAUUGUUUUUCACAAUUUUCAGUCACCAUAGCAUUUUUAGUGUCCAUGGGGUGCACUUUUUGGCAGGGGUGCCAAAUUUGGCACCACACCUGUUUUUUUUUUUUACACUUUUCAGGCACCAUAGCAUUUUUAAUGCCCAUGGAGAUGCACCUUUUGACGAAAAACAUCUGUUUUUCACAAUUUUGCAACACCAUACCUUUCUUUAGUGCCCAUAGGGGUGCACUUUUUGGCAGGGCCACCAAAUUUGGCACAACAUCUGUUUCUCACAAUUUUGCAGUGCCAUAUCAUUUUUUUCUUCUUCUACUGUUUAGUGGGUAAUGAUAGUGUGUUUCAAACUGGUCCUGAAUUUGGCACAUAACGAGACCCGGACCGUGCUUUAGUUGAUCCAGACCAAGACCAAGACCUCUUUUGGUUGGACAAAAUUUUGGUCCUUUGGUCCAGUCUGUAGUUUGUGACACCUUUUACACCUGCUAUUUUGAGUUAAAACCAAACUAAAAGUACCCCAAAAUAACAAAAACAACCUCUUGUGUUUAAUUGAGUUACUUUACAGAUUAUUUUAACAGACUAUUAUUGGUAAUUUAUUUAACAGGUAUUAGAACAGGUUUAAAAACACUGAUACCCACAAUAGAGUUCAACUCCUCCGCUGGGAAAGCACACACACACAGCCCAUGUAGUGUAUUCAAGUACAAAAUAAGAGUCCUUGUGCAAAAUAAGAGUCCUAAACGUACGUUUGUCUAUAUGUGUGAUAUUUUGUUUGUCUAAGUGUAAUGUAAAUUGUUUCAGCUAACAAUUUUGGGUUAGUAGAACAUUUUCUGAACGUUAUAGUUAAUAUUCUUGGAGCGUUAAAUCUGUCAAGUUUUCUGGAUGUUCUUAGAAUGUUUUUAUUUUUUCGUUUUUGAACAUUUAAAAAUGUUGAGAAUGUUACUUGUAACGUUUCCAUAAUGUUAGUAUUCGUGCUGCUGUGAACGUUAUGUGAAAAAAGUUCUGAUAAUAUUGUGAUGCGAAACAUUAUUACGUCACACAUUUUUAGAAUGUUUCUGGAACAUUGUUUCUCUAACGUUACAUGCUAACCUUUCUGGAAACUUUUUAAACAUUGCUAAACAUUGACAUAACAUUCUCUGUUAGCUGGGGCAUCAGUUAAAUGCUGCAAAUGUAAAUGUUCACAUAUUGUCAUGUUGUCCACCCCCCUAGUCAAACAGGAGCAAAGGUGAGGGAAUGGAAAAGCUACCAGUCUUCUACUGGACAAACCUCAGAGUUUGGCUUAACUUAUCCAGCUAACUGAGAAAUCCUGAACUCCUGCUUUGUGAAACCCCCCCUUAUUCACUUAAUGCAAGCACCCUUUUGUGGAUAUGUGACAGAACACAUCUCAGAUAUCUCAGAUAUUUAAUAAAACACAAGAUCAAAGCCUAGAGGAGAACAGAAGCACAUUCUUUUAGAAAAGGUUAAAUAGAGAAUAGCGCAUUUUGAUCCGAUUUCUCUCUAGUUUGCACAUGACAUUCGCCUUAAAGUCUGUUGGUGACGACAUUUGUAAGUACGUGUGUGUGGCAAAACCUCCACCUUGUGAGUGAAUUGUAUUGUGUGGUGCCUUUUGACCAUUUUGCGACAUAAAACGAUGUGCCAUGUCUGUGGAAGUCGAGCUGUGGGGUCGCUAAUCUGUAAUCAGACAAAUCUUCUGGGACUCGGAUCCCUCUACUUCUCUUUCAGGUAGUGUUGUCUUAAUGGAAGCAUAUUGAAAAACCUUGUUCCUCUCCGUUUUUGAAUUUUUGUUUUUGUAAUUUUUGACGAUACUUGGCGCAGAUAUUUGAGAAUGUCAUUAUUUUGACCCUUCUGUAAGAUGAAUACAUUAAUAAUGAUGAAAGUGAUGUUUAAAUAUUGUACACUUUUUUGUAACUCUUCCUACACGCUGCAUACAAAACGUCACUAAACCAGCUCUGCACCGUUUCGUUUUUAUAAGCAAAUAAAUGAUAGCUAGAACACUG